UGGAGGGGGCGACCUCCGGGCUUUGGGUGGGAGAAGCUUCUGCAGCUCCGGAGCAGGUGGAGGCCGGAGCCUGGGUUCCCGCAGAGGGAGGCCCGCCGGGUCCCUGGAUCCUCGGAGGAGGAGGAGACUAGGAGCUCUGGAAUCCUGGGCUCUCCACGGGAAGGGCCCGGGACAAGGAUUGUUGCUGGGUUCUCAGAAGGCGAUGUCUGAAUCUCUGGGUCUUCAGUGAGGGGGGAGUAGCUUUGAUUUCUGCGAUCGCAGAGGGCCUGAGAGGUCUGGAUUCCAGGAGAAGAGAAUUCGUGGCUUGGGUUCUCAGAAAAGCGGGGCUGGGGGUGGAUUUCUUUAUCUUCAAAGGAGGAAGGUUCUGGAGGUCCGGAUUCCCCUCUUCGCAGAGGAGAGGAGCUGAGGACCAUGUCGCCUGAAGAGUGGACUUAUCUAGUGGUUCUUCUUAUCUCCAUCCCCAUCGGCUUCCUCUUUAAGAAAGCUGGCCCCGGGCUGAAGAGAUGGGGGGCAGCAGCUGUGGGCCUGGGGCUCACCUUGUUCACCUGUGGCCCCCACACAUUGCAUUCUCUGGUCACCAUCCUUGGGACCUGGGCCCUCAUUCAGGCCCAGCCCUGCUCCUGCCAUGCCCUCGCCCUCGCCUGGACCUUCUCCUACCUCCUGUUCUUCCGCGCUCUCAGCCUGCUGGGCCUGCCCACUCCCACGCCCUUCACCAAUGCCGUCCAGCUGCUGCUCACCCUGAAGCUGGUGAGUCUGGCCAGUGAAGUGCAGGACCUGCACUUGGCCCAGAGGAAGGAAAUGGCCUCUGGCUUCAGCAAGGGGCCCAGCCUGGGGCUCCUGCCCGACGUUCCCUCCCUGAUGGAGACGCUCAGCUACAGCUACUGCUACGUGGGAAUCAUGACAGGCCCGUUCUUCCGCUACCGCACGUACCUGGACUGGCUGGAGCAGCCUUUCCCGGGGGCCGUGCCCAGCCUGCGGCCCCUCCUGCGCCGCGCCUGGCCGGCCCCACUCUUCGGGCUGCUCUUCCUGCUGUCCUCGCACCUCUUCCCGCUGGAGGCCGUGCGCGAGGAUGCCUUCUACGCCCGCCCGCUGCCCGCCCGCCUCUUCUACAUGGUCCCCGUCUUCUUCGCCUUCCGCAUGCGCUUCUACGUGGCCUGGAUUGCCGCGGAGUGCGGCUGCAUUGCCGCUGGCUUCGGGGCCUACCCCGUGGCCGCCAAAGCCCGGGCCGGGGGCGGCCCCACCCUCCAAUGCCCACCCCCCAGCAGUCCCGAGAAGGCAGCUUCGCUGGAGUACGACUAUGAGACCAUCCGCAACAUCGACUGCUACGGCACGGACUUCUGCGUGCGGGUGCGGGAUGGCAUGCGGUACUGGAACAUGACGGUGCAGUGGUGGCUGGCGCAGUAUAUCUACAAGAGCGCGCCCGCCCGCUCCUACGUCCUCAGGAGCGCCUGGACCAUGCUGCUGAGCGCCUACUGGCACGGCCUCCACCCUGGCUACUACCUAAGCUUCCUGACCAUCCCGCUGUGCCUGGCUGCCGAGGGCAGGCUGGAGUCAGCCCUGCGGGGGCGGCUGAGCCCCAGGGGCCAGAAGGCCUGGGACUGGGUGCACUGGUUCCUGAAGAUGCGCGCCUACGACUACAUGUGCAUGGGCUUUGUGCUGCUGUCCCUGGGAGACACCCUCCGGUACUGGGCCUCCGUCUACUUCUGCGUGCACGUCCUGGCCGCCGUCGCGCUGGGGCUGGGGCUGGCUCUGGGCGGGGGCGGCCCCAGCCGGAGGAAGACGGCGCCCCCGGCCGGCAGCCUUGCCCCGGAAAAGCUCCGGGAGGAGUAGGCAGUAGACAGCCGCCACCGCACUCCCUUUGCGCGUCAGUCCGGCCACCAAGCUUUUGGCUGGGAAUUCCGUGAACCAGGCUGCUGUCUCCUUUCCCAGAAAGCGCUGAAUUUGGCUGGGGGCCUGGAGAGGAUUCCCGUUCCUCAGCUCGGGCCCCCCCCCCGCCUCCGACGCAGCAGGGCGGGGGGCUCCCCCUGCUCCCCUGCCGUCCGCCCUGAGGGCUCAGGAAGCUGUCAUACCCCCUGGAAAGUCAAGGUGUUGUCCAGAGGAGAAUCUCCCCUUGUCCCGACCGCGGCGUCCAGAGCGCGCUGCCCUUUCCGCAGCGCCCCCAGCAGGGACCCCCGGGGCCACGGGGUUUCCCGGACGGAUUCCCCUUUCCCGGGCGCCGGCUGCAGGGCAGCUUUUGGGAGAGCCACCCUCUCUCCCCAGGCUUUGCCCCACGUUCACGGAACAGUGUUUCAGGUCCGGAAGGGAACAUUACCCUCUCAUUUCAUAACGGGGAAACUGAGGCACCGAGGAGCCGGCCUUUGGACAUGGUUCUUG